ACCCAAACUCACAAAAUUGAUGUUAAAUUUGUCAUUUGGGUCGUAUUUUUCGGUUCGUGUAAAUGACGAAGAGCUUCACACUCAUCCAAACAGUGGCAACCGCCGGACUCUUCUCUGCCGUUUCAUUCUGGUAUGGAUUCAUGUUCGGCAGAGAAACUUCCCGGAAGGAAUUAGGUGACCUAAUCGCAGAUCUUCGCCGCAGUAAUCCUGAUCAAUCGUCUACAACUCCUCCACACUCCUGAUUCGAUUGUAAAUCGACGAUGAUUUUGGUUUGUGACAUUUCUAUAUGUUGAAUUUACAUUCAGGCGUGGUUUGAGAUGCGGAUUGGAGCUUCAAGUAGGUUGCUUUGAGAAUCCAAUUAGUUACAAAAAUCAUGGCUCAGUUUUACCACCAAAGGAAUUAGCUUGUAUUUGAGGAAAAAAAAUUUAUUUACAUAUUUUUUAGUUUAGUUUGGAUUAGCCCAGUUGAUUCUGAUUUCUGCAGGCUUCAUAGUUGUAUCAGUAUGAAGGCGAUUUGAAAACUGAAGUGUUAAUGAAAUUGGAAGUAAUUUUUGUAAAAUGUUUUUUUUUUGAGCCAUAUUUUAUCAAAUGCGAUUUGAAA